AUGAAAACAUAUAGGAUACCUUUAUUUACGUAUGGAACAACUAUUAAUAACAUUUCCUUAAAACAAUUAGAAGAAUCUCCAUAAAAAUGCACUUAAAUUUAAUUAGAUGAUUCUUCAUUUACAAUUUAGUUUUGCAGCUUUUCAGAACUUUGUCGAAAUAUAUUAAUUAAUAAGAAUCUAAUUUUGUUAAUAUAAUAUGAAGAAUUGAUUGAUUUUGAUGAUAAAUUAUAGAGUAUAUUUGAUAUAAUACAAUUUGCACAGUAAAUAUUAUCAAUAAUUUAGAGUUAAGAAAGUGUUGUGUUAUAUAAACUAAUAAGAAUCAAUCAAGAAAAGUCAAUGGAAAUUAGAUAUCAUAAAAAAUUAUAUUGAUAUUAGUACUCACAAAUUUAAAUAUCCUAAUUAGACUAAUUACAAUAUUUAAUUUAUUCAAUCUUCAUAAACUCUAUUUAAUUCAUUACACUUUUUUUAAACAACUCCAAAAGAUCCAGAUUUUAAUAAAAAUAAUGAUACAUUAUUAUAAAUUUUAUCUCGAAACAAAAAUGAAUUAGAAGUUGCUUUAAUCUAAGGAAUAGUAAUAUUAUCUGAUCUUUGUUUUCUUGAAAAUUAAACUGCAAAUAAUAAACCAAUAUAAAUAAUUGAAAUAGAAGGGAAAGUAAAUUACAUUAAUUCAAAUGAAGAUAAACAGAUAUUUCGAAUUAAAAUAAGUGAUGAUACAGAAUUAAAAGAUUAAACAUUUAUCUCUAAUAAUCUAAUUUAAAUCAAAUAACAUUCUCCAUAAAUAUUAUUUAAACCUUAAUUUGAUUCUAUUGAAAAAUAAUAAGAAUUUUAUAUGAAUUAUAGAGAUACUUCAAAUUUGUAUGUUAUAAUCGGUGGAACUUAAUGUAAUUUUUAUUUUUAAUAUUUUAGAUGAUAUAAAGUGUUUAGAAUUUGCUUCACUUAGUGAUUAUACUUCUUUAAGAUUAACUUUAUCUAAUUCUAAAUUUGUUUAUACAUAAGAAUUUUAAACAAAUAAUAAUAAUGGUUUCAAUAUAAAUAGUUAGAUUGUGUAAUAUAUUUUAUUUAAUUUUAGGAUAUUGAAUAAAAAAACUGAUAGUAUAAUAGCUUAUGGUUAGGUUUAAAAAGAUAAUUUUGAAAUUCAAUUCGCUUAAAGAAAUAAUGUAAAGCAAGAUUAAAGUGAGUUAGUAGAAUAUUAUAUUCCUUUAAAUGAUUAAGAUAUCAUAAUAAAUGUUUAAAGAGGAGAAUUAUAAUAAAAAGGAAAUCAUAUAAUUAAAUGUAGAAUUUGUAUGGAAAAUACAUCUAAUACAUUAUUGAUUCCUUGUGGACAUUUGCGUUAUUGUUUUGAUUGUUAAUCUGAAUUGUAAGAAUGUUUAUUUUGUGAAACAAAAAUUUAAUAAAGAAAAAAGUUAAUUGUAAAAUAAUUGGAUUAAGAUAAAAAUAAUUUAUUAAAGGAAUUGAUGUGGAAAUAUUAAGAUUUACUAAAAUUAUCAUUACAAUAAAAUUUAAAUAUUGAAUAAAAUUUAAAAAUUAAUAGAUAUUAAAAUGAUAUCAAUUUCAAUUAAUAUUAUUGUUAAAAAUGUAAUAAAUCUAAAGGAACUGAAUAUAUUAAUUGUUAAUAAAAUCAUUUAAUUAGUUAUUGUUUAGAAUGUUCUUAAUAAAUUAAAGAAUGUGAAUUUAAAGGUUGUAAUUAAAAAAUUAUUUGUAAAGGACAUAUAAAAUUUAAUUUUGAAGAGUGA